AUCAAAAUGGCUGACUUGAACAAAACGCUUGGUGACGGAUCUUAGAAGCUAGUAGCAACAUGGUUGGAGGAUCAGGUACUUUGUUAAACUUGUCCAUUUGAAGUGCUAAGUCUCAAAAUAUCCGGCCACUUAUUUGAAUUUCAUUCAGUAACAAAAGCGCCUUUUGUGUUUCUUCCCGUUCUUUAACGUUCUGACGUGACAAAUUAAUGUCUGGGUAAUAAGCUAAAUAAUUUACUAUUCUAGCAGUCUAGCAGCUGCGCAUGUCUAGCAACCAGUUGCAAAAGUACUUGAGACACUGUACGUUAUUAUAUUGUGGCUUGACCGGCCUGCUUAUGACCCCGUGCUUGUGAUAAUUGGUUAUCACCCCUCCUCCCCUAGUCCCAGCAACACAAGGACAUGCUCAAAACUUGGAGGAACAACUUUGAAUUGAGGGAGGAAGAGUGAUGAGUAUUAUAUCUCUUGGAUGUAUGACUAGCAGCAAUUUGAAGUAAGAAAGGACGGGUUUUUGUUAACCUGUGUGGCAGACGUUUGAAAAGGAAGGGAAAGGGAGUUUUAGGCGCGAGAGAAAUGCUAAGGUGUGCGCGAGGAGGAAGGGAAGGAAAUGCCUGCCAGGAGACCAUUGUAUUUCUCGUUUUUAACAUCCACCAGGCAAAUGUUAAAAUGCUGAUUGGUCAGUCUUCAAAACAUGUCAAUCACAGCCUUAUUACCUAAUAAUCCAAUUGGUUGAAAUUAACAUCACGCUACUGAGUAACUUUAGCGACCUUUAAGUAAUCAUGUAUGUUGUUAGUGAAGCAUGAUGAGAUUUCUGUAUGGAAUUCAUCAUUAGAAUUAGAAACUAAAGGUAUCAGUUUCAGCUUGUAAGGAGAAUAGAAGAAGACAGUUAAAAGAACGGUAUGAAGGAAAAGACUUGUCAGCUAGGUGAGUUUUACUGACUGGUUUUUGAGAAGUCUCAUCUCCCAAUGGCUUGUUUUACUCACUAGUAGAAAGAAAGGAAAUAUCAUGCUGCCUGGCCUGUGUGCUUGUUAUCUGUUGUUUGACCUCAAAUGCCGACCACACAGGCUAUGCUUUAUCAAUGACUAGAUUGUUGAAUAUGAUUUUUGGUUUGAAGACUUCUUCUUGCUCAUUAUAGACGUUAUAAAUCCACCAGGAACUUACUUUUAAUUAAUAUUAUUGAUUGCAGCCUUCUUGUAGAUUUUCAAAGUUCAGGUCGUCUUUCCCCUUUUACCAGCGUUCUUUUGUAUGCUCCGCAGGAUCCAAUUCAGCAAAGUGUUUUAAUUUUUCUGAGACAAACAAUCCAUGCAAGUUGCCAAGACCAGCAUGUUUCCUUCAGCAAUUGACGUAAUAGUUUUAUGCUGGAUUUUAUAUAACAAGCCACGCAUUGUUGCAACUUUCUUCUUUCAAUGGACGACCACAUUUGAACUUUUUUUUAUUGUACGUACCCUCACUUCAGAUUUUUUGUUUUAGGAAAACAAAAGCUAAAACUAAGUGCAUCGUGGCCAGACUUAUUUGACAGCUAGUCAUUCACAGUUGCGUUAUUUCUGUAUACAUUAUUAGUAGGCAGGAUGGUGAAAACAAUGGUUUCCUAGUAGACAUUUUCUUCCCUCCCUCCUUGUGCACCCCGGCCCUUGCGUUUCUGUUGCGCCUAAAACUCACGUUCCCCUCCCUUUCCAACACCUGCCACACAGGCUAGUUUUUUGUCGAAGUGUCUCAACAUUUCUGCAACUGGUUGUAAGCUAAUCUAUUGAUGUUUCAUCAAUUUCCAGUUAGUGGAAGGCCAUUCAAACCUGACCCAACGUCGUAUGAGGAAACAGGAAUUCCUUGGUAAGUUACUACUUACAUAUACAGUAAGAAUAGAGUUAAGUUGGGAGUGGGGUAAGAGGGGCAAGGAAAGGGGUGGAGUGGAUUGUAAUGUAAAGUAAAUUAAGGCACCUGAGUUAAGUUGCUGGAACUUACAUGUACAUUGGAGUGAAAAAAGACAAAGUGGAGUAAAGUUUGUUGUCAAAGGAAACAACGGGAUACAAGGCUGUGCUCAAAGGAAAAUUGAAGGGAGUCCAGUGUUCUGAAUCUUUAAAAUCUAUGGUGCUUAUCAUAUGAUUUUCAUGAAAAAAGUAUGAUUUUUAAGUCACCCAGUUUCAAUUUAGGUGCCAGGGGCCACCUGACUCUGCUGGAGCACAGCCCUUGGACAGUAAUGCUUGAACGUAGACCUACGUACAUAUUCAAAGUUCUGGCCCUAAUUGUUGAAAAGGUGGAUAACACUAUCUACGGGAUUAAUCUCUCUGCAUAUUUGUAGUAGCCUUAUGUUCUUAGGAAAACCACAGAGGCCAUACACCUUUACCUCAAUGUUAAUGGAUUAAUCUGACUCUGUUUCUUGCAGUGGGAAUCCAGCUAGGUAUCAAAGUCAUGGAGUGAUUCGCAUGAACAGAGGGGACACCAGGCCAUUUGAGGAUCAGCGGCUUGGUGUCCCAGGGAUUGGGACUGAGUCUGAGGCUGAUCAACAUUUAAAAGAAAUGGUGAAGAAUCAGUUGGAUACAAAUGUCAGUCUGCAAAGGUUAAUAGUACAAAAUAAUGUAACAUUACAUGUAUUGUCAUUGGUUUUGUUGACAGUGAUAAUAGGGGUAUUGAUAUGGGGAGGAAUGUCAUGUGUCUUGCAAACGACACAUCUUAAAAAAAUCAGCAGCCGAGUCGUAGACUUGAACUGUACUGUUUUAUGUGAACUACAUUUACAGGCACACGUUAGCUUAGUUCUGUCUUAUUUAAGUUAAGAAGGCAAUUUUGGGCCUUUUGUCUGUGUCUUAAUUUAGAUGUGGGGGCGGGGGAGGGGUCUUUCGUCGUACAGUGUUUUUCCUUGCAUAAAUGGCUCUGAUAUACUUGAUAGGUCAAAAAUAACCAGAUCGCUCACAUGUAUACAAUACAGAGCAGGGUCUGAAAUUAACGUUUUUGCUAUGGGUAUCGUCUGGUGACUAGAUAAAAAUUUUUGGUCUUCAGAUAGAAAAAAAGAAGUUACCACAAAUUUGUUUUCCGUUAAGGUUGAUUUCCACUUACACGUUUUUGGCUAUGCAUGUUAACGCAUGUAAAUUGUAAUCACAUGAAUUAAAUAGAGUCAAGAUAAAAGGUGCUGAGCUUAAACGAGAAGUUGAGCGAAGUUUAACUUUUACUCCUACAAGCAACCCUUCAUGCUUUUCCUCUGUUUUAUUUGCAAACAUAAAUUUUACACAUGUACGCACAUAAAAAUUAGGUGACACUGGAAAUCAACCCUAACACUAAAAAAAGAAAAAGAAAAUGGAUUUUGACAUUAUGUUGAUUUCGUUAACUGUUAUCCUAAGUACAAAGAAGCUACAAUGUUGGCGGAGUGGCACAUAAGUCGAGUUUCAACAAAAACCAAUAUCCUCUGAUCCUUGGACAGCUGUUCAAAAUACUAGAAUGAAAACUUAUCACGCUGCCUGGUGGCAACUAGCUUUGAAGUUCUAUUUUUUGUUUUUGGCACUGUCUCUGAACUUUAUUAAUUAUUCGUUUUCAUUCUUUUUUUCUUUUCUUUUUCUUCUGUUUCGCUUUUUGCAGCGAGCUCACUCGAAAGAAAUCAUUUCAAUCAUCAUCCAGUUAUGCUCCGUUUUGCCCUGAUAAAACAGGUGCUAUGAGCUUAAAAGAUUACAAGUCCCUACAGAAUCAUGAACAGCAUGUACAGUUUCUCAAGGAAUGUGGGUUUAAUGAAGAUGAAAUUCAGUUCAAACUUGAACAAGAAGGUCACAUUCCAAAGGUAAAUUUUACAAAAUAGUAAUUUAUUUUUAGUCCACAUGGCCUGUUGUAUAAUGUGUUAAUGCUACUCAUAACGGAAAAGAAGAGUUCUGUUAGAGGAAAAAAUAUGUUAGUAAGUAAAUUAUCAGAUAAAUGAAUAAAUAAUUCAGUAAAUGGGCAAAUGAUAAAUAAAUAAAGAAAUAAAUAAAUAGAUUAAUGAAUAAAUAAUGUCCUAGUUGAUUCCCAGAGGGUUUUAACUAUCCCCCCCACUCAUCUCUGUUAUGCCCUCCCCCCCCCCAUGGCAUAUGUUACAUAGUACAACUUAAAGCCAAAGUGCCCCUAUACUUAAGUAAUUUAUUGUUGAAUUUAUCUUGUCAUUACAGAGUGCAAAGAAAGUCAGUUUUUUUAACUAGCUCCCUCCCUCCAAGAUGAGCAGGAUUGAUUACAGUUGUCCUGUACAUGUUAUUUGAAUUCCCCCCCAAAAUUCAAUUGCUCAUUGGGUAAGUUACAUUGUAAGAACAGAAUUUACUAGCCCGAUUACAAAGUCCACUAGCCCUGGGCUAUUGGACAUGCCUUUGUUUGCACACUGUAUUAGAAUUCAAUAGGGUACAGAGGAAUGCCAAUAAUUAUAACAUCUAAUAUCAAUAAAUUAUUGCUCUAUCACAGAUUUUACCUAUGUAGUAUGUACUGUAGUUGAAUAAUUGUGUUGGAAUUGUGGCUCACUAGGGGUGCAUAUCAGAGCUUACAGACCAUCCCUGAAUAGAGUUGUGGAGAGAUACAACCUUUCAGUGAUCUGGACCAGACUGAUCAGGUCACAAGUCAUGUCUGAUGUUCAAUCUGUUGUGAACAAGUUUCAAGCAGGAAAAAAAUCUCUCUGCUACAAUGUAUAGCCUGCAAACAGAGCCUUUUCUCCUUGUUCCUCACUGACAUGGAUGUUUUUGUGAAACAUCCUUAGUGGCGAGAAGAGAGCAGAGACGGCUGUAUAUUCAUAGGCUAUCUCUGCUAGUAAAGGUACAAAAAUUUACAAGAUUUUAAGUUUAACAUAUCUUCUUGUUGGACUUUUCUAGGCUCCAAAAAGAGGCAGAUUUGUAGCAAAUCCUGAAGCUGAACAAAAGAAGAUUAAGGAUCUUGAGGAACGAAUCAAAAUGCGAGAAGAUGCAUUGACUGUCCCUGAUCUGUAUUCUAAUGUGAGAGUUCUGAGCAGGCAUGCUUUGGAAGUGGAACAAUCACUGCAUAAAGGGACAGUAAAGGAGAGAAGUUUGAAUCACUUGGUUCAACCUAAGAAGCAAGGUACAGUUUAUAUGAAGAUGAUGUGAACUGUGGAAAUACAACUUUUAAAGGGGCUGUGUCACGGCAGUCCAGUUCAUUUUGUCUAAUUUUGCCAAUCACUCACCCUCAUUUGCUAUGGAACUUAAAGGACGCAAAGAAAUUACUUGAAAAUGACAAAAUCAGAGAUCCGAGACAAACAAAUAUGUCUCCUGAGCACUAUUUUUGAAGUUACAAGCAGCAGGGAUCAUCUUUGAAAAACUGUCAGGCUGAACAGUUUUCAAAAACCCUAAUUUUAUUGUACUCACUCUUACUAACAAUGAAAAUAUUAAGGCAAUGGAAAUAUUAAAGUAAAAUUAGAAUACUGGCUGCCUGGAAUAACCAUAGGGGCUAGCAGAGCCAGGCAGCCAGUUGACAUCAGCAUUAAAUAGAAAUAUAUUACAGGUCAGUGAGAUAACUGAAGCACAAACGCACAUAUAAAAAGAAAAAGAAAAGAGAAAAGAAAAAGCACAAUUUCUACGCUAUCGAGGAAGUCUAAAAUAGUUAAAUUUAUAUAUGAAUACUUAGCAAUUCAUGAAUGAGGCUGAGUAGGAUAUGAAGAAUUAAGCAGAUCAAGGAGGGUGUUAUCGGCCCAGGUGGAUGAUACCCUUCGAGAUCAGUUUAAUUCUUCAUAUCCUGCGAAAGCCAAAUUCAUUAACUGCUUUAUUAUUCAUCCAUAGUAAUUCCUAGUUUAAAACAUAGCUAAAACAUGCUUACCUGCAUCGAUGUUAAGUUCAUCUUCAAUAGUGUACGUUUAGGUUUGUCCAGCUCCGCAAAUAUUCACCAAAUAGCAGAUGUCACCCUCCGAGUUGUCUUCUUGCUGUUUUUGCUAUGCUUUUAGCUAUUAUUUCGCCUAGUUCCAGCUGCAGUUCUAACUCUUGAAAUGAAUAAAUUGUCCGCCAUUUUUGUUUUCACAACCAAAACAACUCAAUCUCGUUCCCAGGUCUUCUCGGUAAGGGUGCCUUAACCUGUAGCGGGCUGUAUUUUUGACAUCAUUUCGUCGUUAAACACAAAAUUGUUCCAAAUUUGGUCAUCAGUAACUGGUUAUGGUGAAUUAUGUGUGUGCUUUUAGCCAACCAGAAUUGGGGAAAUAUUUUGAAUGAAUAAUGAAAUAAAUUAUUGAAUUCUGUCUUUUGCCGUUAGACCUUCCUAAAUAGUACAUAAAUGAAUUAAGACAACAACAACUAAAAAAAGGAAACGCAGCUUUGAUAAGCCAAAUUCACUGUAAAUGAACGUUGCUAUAAAAAAUUACCACCGUCUUUCCCGCUGUCCGCCACUGAAAAGAGAAGAUGAAAGAUCUGAAAUUUGUUUGAUAUUUUCUUCAUAACCCUACAGCAGGGGCACCCAACAACGGUUUCCCCCUAUUACUUUGAAAACACUUUUUAGGCUAUCCAGAGUACUUUUUGAUCUCUAGAAAUGCAUUCUAAGUGGCGCUAAAAAAAUUAUAUCUAUUCGGUCAUUCUAGGGUAACUUGAGUCUUUUCGAAGUUAGGAGGGCUUCAGUAUUAUUUUCCCGAAAUUUAGCAGCAAUUUAAAGUUUUCCGAAAGUGAUAGUUUUUCUGAUUCCUUGCUGCAUUGCAUUUUCGAUUCCGAAAAUUGUAGGUUUCCUUUCUCUACGAAAAAUAACCUAACCUGGGGAGUGAAAUGGGAAAAAUGAAACUUCAGAAAAUCGUAGGGAAUUUCUUAGAUAAGCUUCGAAAAUUGGGUACAUGAAUGGAACGGUCGUCAAGAAAUUUUUAGCCUUCCUCAAGCUAUAGAAAAUUCUCGGGAAUUUCUGCUUCUCCUGCUCCGAACAGAUAUUUUACAGAAAACAGUCUUUGGGUGCCCCUGCUAUGGGAGCAUUUUGUGUAUGGCUAAAGGCACUAAAUCACUAAGUAAUAAUUUCAGCCCCUUAAAAUGAUUGAUGCCUCUUUUAGCUAUGCCGCUGAAUGAUCCACUGCUGCAAACACUGCUGGAACAAGACAGGAUCUUGUCGAAAUCAAAACGGGUACUUGAAUCGUCUACUUCCAGUGGGACAGAUAACAAUUGUAGCAAAGAGUCCUCUACAACUGAAGAGCAGCAAGAAUUAUGUGUGCGGAGGCCCAGCAGUGUGUCCAAGGAGGACAGUAGAACUGCUAAUUUGCCAGCAAAUAUUCAACCCAUUGACAAGGAGGAAAUCAUCCAAAAUAGAUUGUCCUUGGAGCAAAUUAAAGAAAUUCCGAAAUUCACAAAUUAUCAUCCUGGGGAGCCGAACAAGGUUGGUAUGCUUCAUAUUCAUUUAUAAUCGGGCGUAACCUAGCGCUCAUUUCUCAGUUUUUAAGGACUGCUAUUUACUUAGAUAUUGCUUCCAAAGAGCUGAAGCUUGUGCAAAUUACUCAAGUUAACCUGAUCUCUACAUUUGAACUACAUUUGUUUAUAGGGUGACUCCUUCUAUGGAUUAACUCUUAUUAGCCAUUUUAGCCUUGCCCGUUGGACUGGGUGUGUUGUAUUAGUGAUAGGUGUUCCCUCACCUGGGAAUCACAUAUCCCUAAUGACGUGUUCACCCACCUGGGAAACACAUAUCCCUAGUAAUAUAUGUUCCCCCACCUGGGAAACACAUAUCCCCAGUGAUAUGUAUUCCCCCACCUGGGAAACACAUAUUCCUAGUGAUAUGUGUUCCCCCUUCUGGGAAACACAUAUCCCUAGUGAUAUGUGUUCCCCCACCUGGGAAACACAUAUCCCUAGUGAUAUGUGUUCCCCCACCUGGGAAACACAUAUCCCCAGUGCUAUGUGUUCCCCCACCUGGGAAACACAUAUCCCCAGUGAUAUGUAUUCCCCCACCUGGGAAACACAUAUCCCUAGUGAUAUGUGUUCCCCCACCUGGGAAACACAUAUCUCUUGUGAUGUGUGUUCCCCUUACCUGGGAAACACAUAUCCCUAGUGAUAUGUGUUCCCCUUACCUGGGAAACACAUAUCCCCAGUGAUAUGUGUUCCCCUUACCUGGGAAACACAUAUCCCCAGUGAUAUGUGUUCCCCCACCUGGGAAACACAUAUCCCUAGUGAUAUGUGUUCCCCCACCUGGGAAACACAUAUCCCAACGGGGCUUAGUACAAGUUCACAGUGGAAGUUUAACAGCACGACUUCUUUGGAUUGACUUUAGGUGCUGUUUAUCAAGAACCUUCAUCACAAGACAUCAGAGGCAGACUUAGUCUCUCUCUUCAUUAGAUUCCAGGAAAAACAGGCCCCUAAAAUCGCUUUCAGGUUGAUGAAAGGAAAGAUGAAUGGCCAGGCGUUUGUGACCAUGCCAGGUUGUCAAUUUUCUCCUUGUCACUUAUUUGUAUGUAUAAAUAACACGUGUGUCCAAUUCCAUUUUUGUUUUGUUUUACCUCGGUUAUUGCAUGUCGAAUUUCAUUUACGACUAAUUUUUCGCUAACGUUAAGUUCCAUCACCUCCUGAAGUUAUUACUCAGCCAAACCUCAAAGGCUUUAAGGCUGGCCGGAACAAUUUUGAUAAUCUAUUUAACGCUUUUUUUGUGAAUUUUUGAUGCUUUUUUUUAAACCUACAACAAAGCGGACUAAUUUAGUUCUUUUAACUUAGAAUAGUGAUUUGGGGGGAAUAGUAACCGAGCCUUCCCAUUUAACAGACUUGAUAAACGGUUAGCUUCUAUUUGGGGUUAGGGUUGUUGCUAUAUAUCUUUAAAUCAAACCAUUAAUUCUUCAGCAAAUCCUCAAUGGCGUAAUGGCAUGGGAGAUGGACUGCAGAUUCUACGCUUCGGGGGGUUCGAGUUCUACUCACACCCUUCUAAACUUUUUUUCCUUAAAAAUUGAAGAUACUUAGACUGUACUCUGUACUUAGAAAUUUCAUGUAGGAAAAGGGGAAUCUCUCAGAAUGUCUUGUGACAGGGAAUUGUCAGUUUGGAGUAUCGAGAUGAGUGCUCCUCUAGAAAGUGAUCCCCGCCAAAAUUUUCGCUUGCCGAUUAGAUACAUCUGUGCGCAUGCGUGGGGUACUGGCUGUACCGCUGAGUGUGGUGGUGUGGUAUUCCUCUUCCUAAAUUUUGGUCUUAUUUCUUAAGCUGCCCCGUACGAGAUGAAUCUGUUUUUUUUUUCUUCUGAGAAAACAGUAUCACUUUUGAAAGCUUAAGUACUUAAAGACAAAUUUUUUCGUUGGCGGAAACCUCUGAAUAAAGUCCGGCAUAGUUUAUAUGGCUUUCCUAGUUAUAAGGCAAUUCGGCAGGGAGGAUUAAUGAAUUAAUACGAUACCGUGCAUUAAAACGUAUUCAAUCGCAUAGAGGCCCUAGAAAUGUUUUAAAAAAAUCAUGCUUGAAGAGUAUUCUUUUCUACAAGUAUGCUUCAUCGAGUUUUCUCUUUCAUAGACCUGUGUUUUGAUCCUUAUGACUUUGGUUUUUUACGACAGUAAAGUUUCAUGUCCAGCCGACUAAUUCAGCGGUGGUUUAUACGCUGCAUUACAUAUUAUUGCAAUUGAAAAGAACCUCAGCAUUAAGAAUAAUGUAGUAAUGUUUACUUUAUAAUUUAUUGCAAAAUGUUAAUAAACCCGUGUCAAGGGAAAGAUCAAGAAUGGACCUUGCCAUGAUUCGCACACAAAUGUAAUUAAGAAGUAAAUGAGAUUUUUGAUAUGAUUUAUCUAUCUCCUUUAGAGCCUUUAUAUUUACUGGAAAAGUCAUUAUAUUUUGCGUUGAAAAGUAAUAAGACGUUUUAAACCACUUUAUUAUAGAUUACCUCCAUUUUUAUUAAAUUUGGCGCCGGCGCUACUUUUUGCGGCUGGUUUCAUUACAUCUGCGGUUAAAUUCAUUUUGUGGCGUAGCACUUAUGCUCGAUUUAUGCACGUUUUGUUUUUGACUUUAGAUAUUGAUUCAGCAACUGCGGCGUUGAAUUUGGUGAAUGGCUAUUUGUUUAAAGGUAAACCCAUCAUCAUUCAGUACGGGAAGCAGAAGAAGGAACCUUCACACGAGAGCGUUACGACAUCGAAUGCCUCCCCGGCAAGUACGUCAAAAUGGUGAGUUUUUUACAGUCCUUUUCGCGAAGCUUAAUCAUUUUUAAGUGUUUGUCAAGGCUAGUUCAACUAUGUUUAAAACAGGCGCGUUUGAGCUCACUAUUUCUGGUUGCGAGACACACCCGCAGACUUUCCAGUUUAAAAAAGUAGGAAUGUGUCCUAGCGGCUGUACUAUUAUCGUAUCUGGCCUCAUGAGGCUGACUGUUCGCGGUUUUUGGAUUUGGAUAGGCCAUUAGAAAGUAAAAUCCGCGCGACUCUUGCCUUUUGCAAAAACGUGUUUCUUUAUUUCAAAAUCUUCCGCAUUGUUGACCCGUUUUUCGAGCUGAACACAAACUCGACAAAGUGGAAGUAAAUCCAUCAAAAAGACAAAGAUUUGAGACUGCAUUACUUUAGCUUGUGGUCGCAAAUUGUUGGAUUUUUCGACUGCUACACACCUCGAACUCCCAAGGGGAGUGGAAAUCCGCUUAAGUACAUGAGAACUGCGCCUCAAAUUAAGCGAUCACCCUCCCUCCAUUUACAUGUUGCGGCCAGUUAUCAGGGUCCCGGCGGACAGAAUAGUCAGUAAAUUACUGUAAACCGAACCUAUUGAGAGCGGUCAACCUCUGUUAUGCCCUUGCUUGUUCAUUCUCAUGGCCGGGAGUGUCGGCUUGAUAAAAUUCUGUUAUAAUUUCGGUUUGCGACCUCUUUAUGGUCUGUGGAUAAAAAGAUUGCUUUGCAGACCAUAAACAGAACUCUUAAUAUUCAGGCCUUCCACGUCAAAACCCAAGCGAAAUCGUUAGUCAAUGUCAGGUCGUAAAGUUGCAUAAAACUUGCUUUUGAGGGGGACUACUCAGAGGUAUACUUUCAAGGAAUAAAGUGAAAGAGUGAGAUGACAAUCUCCCUUAUGACAGAGAACGCGAUAUAACGAACAAUACUUUUUCAUCUAGCUAUUGCAAAUGUAUGGCAAAGGACCCAAAUAAAGAGUACCACCUUUAUAACUCGCACGUUUCCGCAUUCACUUGAAACGAAUAAGAGAAGGGUAAUGAACACUGAUAUAUAAACAGUAAUAAUAAGUACAAAGGUAUUUGUUGUUGCCCAAGACUGGUUUACUUUUAUUUUGUGUCUCCAUAUCCGUCCCAUAAAACCAGUAAAACUCCUCUAGCUCAGAAUUGCAACUGAGUGUCAAAUGAUUUCAUAUUUGUCCAGUGCUCCAAUGUAAACAAGCAAAUUAGCCUUCGCCUGCUUGACUUAUCCUAUUCUUUGUUGUUCGUUGUACUUAUACAGUACGCUGAUCGCUUGCCCUUUUGGUUUCUAGUGGAUUUUCUAAACGAGUCGUAUUUAGGAUUAGGGUUGCAAAAAAUAUACGGGUGCUGGCCUUAUGAUGUAUUUUAGCACUGUCGAGUUCUGCGAAAACUGUCCAUACUGCAAUCGACAAUUUUAACACGUACCUUACGCGUGUAUGUAAGGUGGGGCGUUGUUGCCUCGCAACGUGUAAGAAGCGUCAUGUCAUUAAUUAUUCAUGAAGUCAACACUGGAAAUGUCACAAUCUCUGCUACAUUGCAAACCUUUUGCUUAACUUUCUUCAAUAUUUUAUUCAUGUUUAAAGUGCUGCAUCAAAUACUACACCAAGCAUUUUUCCAAUAUCCGGACACCUUGACUCAGUCUAAUACAUAUGUUAAUCAUUUGUUCUUGUGUUUGCGGAUAGAAUAGGAAGCUUAUUAAAGCAAGUACCACGGCGGCGGCAGCAAAAAUGUCAACAAAUCAAUGGAGAUGACGAGCAAAACUAACAUUCUUUCACGUGCAUUCCACUUUUUACAACAUUUCUUUGUGUCCUCGCGCGACUUUACGAAGUCAGUGAAAUUUGCUUUUGCGAAUCUACAAUUGUAGUUAACAAUUCCAAAUCGAGCGACUCGGGUUAAUUGCCAUGAAGUUCGAAAGAAUGCUAGUCAAUAAGUGACGUUUUCGCUGCGGUUGACGCCAUUGUUCCCAAGAUUCCCCAUUACUUACAAUUCCGUCAUUGGCUUAAAGUCUCUAUUUACGCCGGACCUGUUCUUAACCCAGGAGGUAUAUUAUUUGGGUGUAAAGGAAAAAUUAACUUGACGGCGCUAACAGAUGGAAAUUUUAAUUCUUGGUCCCACUCCAUUCGGUUUGGUUUCCGUUUUUCACAAGGAUAAAAAGUUUAAUCUUUGGUGUUGAAAUACAACAUGAAUUUGUGGUGGCAGUUUCGAGUGGUGGAACAUUCGUGAAAAUGGAUUCUCGAACAAAUUUUGACGAGAAAACGACAAGACUGCUACCGUGAAAAUAGCUUAGAUAACGACAGAUCCGAAUUAGGUCCAUCUGAUUUGCACAUAUUACAAUUAAAUUCGUCAUUCCCGGUAAUUUUUCUCAUUUUCUACCCAAUGAAAAACACUUUGUGAGAAAAGAAUUCUUAUAAGGGAAGAUUAAUGUAUGUAAAAAAACGUAAAAAUAAUAAUAAUAAUAAUAAAACAUAAGCGUAUUGCAGUUUUCAUCCCCAUCUGAAAAAAUUAAAGAAUUAAAGUCAGUUCUUAAUUAAAAGACCCAGCAUUCUUUAGCUCUCGUUUCUUUCUUUUUUGUUUCAUCCUGUAGAUUUAAAAGCUGAGAUGCUAUUUAUAGUAGACGUAUUAAAGGAAAAAAAUUCAAAAUGGCUUGAAAUAAUCAAGGAAGCUUUAUAAGGCCACCCUACUGUAAACUAUGGUUCUUGAAACUUCGAAGUUGUAUUCGGUUUCCGUUUCUCAUACAUGCCGACUUCUUAACACCUUUUUUGUUUGUUCCGCAUGUUGUUAUGGUCCUGAGACCCGGGGGGUUUUCUUGGGUUAAUUUUUGCUGGGUUUGUGCCGCUGGUAUCUCAGAACCCCUACCCCAGUACAGUCUAUUCUGUAGCCAUCUUAGUCACUUUGAGAAGAAAGUCAUUUUCGUAAUCCCAACUUAGUCACUGUCUGUUUAUGCAUCUGCCUUAUAAAACCUUUUAACUCGGUCAUCCUGAAAUGAACUGACACAUUUCGGUUAAACUUAAUGUGCGGUAAAUCUUUCUAUUUUUAAAUCCUUACAUACUUGCGAAAUUUCCUGACCCCCCAUGCAAAUUCUGAAAUGUACGUCCCUAUUCUAGUAACUCUCAUAAUAAUGCAACCCCAUAAUAGUCAAUCCAGUCGUGAUAAUGCAGUCGUAAUAAGACGUUUUAUCGUCGAGAAAAAUAAAUGUACCCCAGUAGAAUAGAGAGUAUACUAAAGCCACUUAUUUUUAAGCAAGGGAUUAAAGAUCGAUAAUCAUGAAUACAUGGAGUGUCAGCCAGUGGGCAUCUGUAGGCGCAGCCGCCAGAACGUCCUGUUUCAGCAGAGAAUUCAAUAAAACUGUGUUUCGAAAACAAUAAAAAACGAUAUAUCCCGUAGUUAAUUAUUUUUCGGGAUUAAGAUGCAUAGACUAUUUUCCUGUUCUAAUCAGACUUUUUUUUCUCUGACAAGCUGUCCUGUACGUGGGAAAAUCGGAAAUAUUUUUUAUUGCAAAUAACUUGGCAUUUUGUUUCCUGCGUUUUGUAUGGAAGCUAUAACUUGCUUAAUUAAAACAAAAGCGUAACCGGCUUCGAGUGAACAAAAUUCAGUGGAAGUGUGGCCAUUUGACUGAAAGCAAUUCCGUUUGUUUCAGUUUAGUUGUCUUUUUCUUAUUUGUAUUAUUGUUUUCUUGAGGUAGUCAGAAAAUGGAAAAACGAAACGAUGUAUGGUAGUUGUAAUGUAAUAAAUCCACUCCGCUUUAAAUCAUCGCUUUUUAGUCAUUUCCUUCCGUAAAAGACAGUACUAUCCAAACAACGUUUCUAUGAAUAUUGCUCUUAAAUAAUGAAAAGCUUCAAGUCAACCGAGGAGUUUUAAAACUGUAAAUAGCCUUAUUCGGCUUGAACGAUUUUGUAAAGACAAUUCUAAUAGAACAUUUGUAGGGUCACUGACCCAUAAUUUUAGCUUAAGUUGUCUUUUCAUCAGCAAACCUUUUCUCCAGGUUGUUUGAACGACUACCUAAUCUAAAGCUUCAACCACGAGAUUCCUUUGUGAUCGACGAUGUUAAGCAAGUUCAUUGCCAUUCAUCUUAUUGAUCCCUAUGAUUCUUGCAUUUUUGUCGUGAAAAGAAAGAGAUAAUACUAAAGGUGUUCUCGUUCCUCAGAUGUUCAACAAGCUUUUUUCCGCAUUUUCCGUCGAUUCACUGCUGAAACAGGAAACCUGUUUUUAAAAUUUCUUCCAUAUUUCAGGAAAACUUGUGUGGGUUUUGAAUGGACCAUUUCACUGCAUGCGCAUUGGGUGUGUUGCGCUUGUGUCUGUUUUGGUCAGACAUGCAACCUCGUUUCCAGGAAAUUGCUUUACAUGUAGAAGAGACACUGGUAACAAGGUUACACGAGACGGACUAUGAACAUCUUCAGAGAACAUUUUUCUAUUUCCGAGAAUGAUUGAUGUAUGCGUUUUGCUUUUUUUAUUUGGACCCAAAUUUUCCAAGGACCCCCUAUGGGUUUGUAAAUCUCAUAAAAAAAAAUUGUCCUUAAAAUUUCGCCCUUGCAUUGGAUUCGAAAAGGGUUUCAAACACAUCGAUGAAAUUACCUCGAAAUUAGUUAGAACAUGCCCAGCUAUGCGUUGUCAUAUGAUUUUCAACCGUCUACUAGUCGGAUUCUCAUCCCUGUCUUUAAUAACCUGUUGAAUCGAUGUUUCAUGUUGAAUAUGCCCAAAUCAAAAGGCCCUUUGUACGUUUUUUGCCAACAGACAUGCACUUUAACCCUUUAAAAGGCUGUAAUACUCCCGUGUAAAAGCUUGAAUUGCGCAAUGUGAUUUUAAAUUGUCCCCUUUUUCAUAGAUCAUUUUUUGUGGAGUCACGGUAGUCUUAUGUACCGAUUUUUUGGCUGUGCCGUGUCAAGUCAGAGAAGAGACUUCACCACAUUAGCAAAUCUGGGCGGACUUAAAUUGACUUAAUUGAAAUUUAUUGUUUCUUCCCAACCUCCGUCAAAAAGCCAGUUGUGUAAAUCUUGUAAGAAUUGGAGCUGAUGAGGGCGCAUUUGAAUAUAAAGCAUAUGUUAGAUAGGUAUUUUUGUAAAUAUUUAGAAGAUUCACAUUUUCAUAUGCCCUCGAUUGGGCGUGUCAGCUAAACAGUGUGACACGUUCCUUUCUUUGUUUAGUGUCAAAUUGUACUUCAGCAAUGCGCUCAGAGAAUGCUGCUCAUCGUAUGUUAUUUCUCUGAGUACAUGACCGGGAAUUCUUUCGAUUUUGCUGUUCUUAAAUGAAGCUUGGGUGCUAACGUUUCUACCUAUUUUCAUUGUUUUUUCGUUCUCAUAGUCCUAGUUUUAACUUUAUUAAAAUACCACAAACAGGCAGGAAGUACAUGUAAUUAUGAUAAACGUAAAGAUUGGUUAAUCAAGCUUUUGGCAUCACUCCCAUCAGGUCAACUAUGAUUCCAUAGACAAGAAAUAUGUUCAAACUCCCGGGCAUAAAUUGUCUCACACACCCCUCUACGAUGACACAGCACUUAAUGCACAAGGUCGUGCCUAAUCGGUGAUGAUAGCUUCUGUGGCUGAUUCUAUUUGUUGACUUGUAUAUUAAAGGGCUGGAGAGCUACAUAUAACCAAAGUCAUGGUUCCCAAUAUUGGUGGCUUUAACUCUUUGUGUUAUCCAUUAUCUUUAUAUCUGCGUACAACUUGUUAAUAUUCUGAAAAGACGAAUUCUGUGGAUGUUUGAAAAAUGUGGUGUCUUUCUGGCCACUUAGUCGGUUUUUCUAGAUCUUUCUAUUGCGCUGCGCUUAAGAUAUCUAUCACCUCUGCUUUUGCCUACCUAAAAUAACUGUUAUCUUCCUUUGCAGUAUAUAGUAUCAGGGAUUUACUGUUAUCUGUGCAUCCGUUCAAUCUUGCCGAAUAACUUUAAGAUUGGUAUUGACGAAACUCCAGAUAAACAAACUGUAAAUAGAAUAGAGUGUUCACUAAAAUGAGAGCUCAUUUUUUUUUUUGACUCUUUAACACUUAAGAGUGACCAGCAUUUGAUUUGUUCUCAAAAUAUCAUAGUACCGAAUGUAAAAGUCUUGAGAAUAAAGGAAAUGGUCACCACACUGGUGUUGAUUUUUCAGGAAAAUCUCCUCCGUAUUACAAAAAUUCUUCGGAAAACGGUAAAGAGAAUAUGUAAAAUGAUAUAUGGGUGUUAAGGCAUAGAAGAAGUGCACAGUGACCCGAGCCUCAGACGGUUCCAAUUGGUGUUUGUACCCUCAUAUUAUUUACGUCUUGAAUCUCUCUUUUUUCAUAGAGAGUUUUGCACCUGUUGGUUUGAGGUCAGUGUGUAAGGACCAUUUAAUAAGUGUACGAGGAGUUGAUUUUCUCUUGCCUUAUGUGUCAUUGUUCGCCACAAAUUAACCCUUUGGGUCCCAAGAGUGACCAACAUCAAAUUUCUCCUAACAAUGUCAAUACAUUAUUAACAGAAAAGUUUAUGAGAAUAAAUAAAAUGAUCACCUCAGAGAAAAUGCUUUGUUCUUUGAACAAAUUCUCUCAACUAAUUCAGUAAGGAAAUGUAUUGAGAUCAGUUUGGAGAAUUUGUAUGUGGAUCUUGGGGCUUAAAGGGUUAUACAUCCAUUUUAAAUAUUUGUCGAAAUCGUGCAGAUUUACAUGGUGUGGCGAAAACAGUGUGUAUACCCUCGGGCAAUUGUCAUUCUUUUCCGUGAGAGUGAUGCAAAGACUUUUAGCACCUAAAUUCCAUAGUGACGUUGAAGGAUAAGAUUUAAAAUUUCAUACCCCAUGAACCGUCAGCAUACCUAAAGUAUUUUCAGAACCAUUGUGGAGAGUCACACCAAUGCACGGGCCAUUUCCAAGUCCAAAAACUCUCACUUUCAGAACGAGGCUAAUUGCAAAAUGAGUGAAAAUGAGUUUUAUUUGCGUGAGAAUACAAAAUCAUUUUCAUAUCAAUGGCUUCGCACUUAGCCAAUAGAGUGUUUUCACUUGACGUCAUGGCGGCCAUAUUGGUGUCCCAAAACAAUGAAACGGCAGCCAUGUUGGUGUCCCAAAUCAAUUCUGUGGGAGUUAAACUCUUUUCUUAUGCAAACGCCUCCUUUUGUUCCAAUAAACUUGCAUAAAUGCUGGCCACGUGAGUGAAACUACUUUAUGGACUGUUCUCGUACUUUUAAGAUUUCCAAAAGAUGCUUUUAUUAUUUUUUUUUGGAGAAAGUAUGGCCGAGUCAUAAAGUACAUGUGCGUAGUUUUCUUGACGAGAUCGAGAACUAAUUCCUGUCUAAAUUACAUUAUCUUAUCAACCUCAAGCUGAAAAGGAUUAAAAAGGUAAAAGUGGAUUACAGAUGAGCAGGAAAUUAGAAUUGUCGAUCUGGUGAAACUCUGAUCAAAAGUAGAUUAAAUAAGUAAUUAACUAAUAAUUCUCUGCCGUGUUUAUGAAGGGGAUAAAGAGGUAUCACGGUAACGUUUCGAAAGAUACUGUGCUAGUAUGUCGGUAGGCGACUGAGACUAAGUUAAAUCAACGUUCUGACGAAUUGCCAGCGUUUCGCCCGUUUUGAAUCUCUUUAGUUAUGGUGGCCAGUUUAUGUUAUCAACUCAGUGGAUUAAACCAAAUUCCAGCUGUCAGGCUAUCAAGUCAAGGAAUCCCAACUAUAGUAUAUUUAGGAAAGUUAGUUUCAGCUAUUGCUCCGCUGAGCGCUCCAUGAGACCAGUAUGAUUUCCCGGGAUUACAAUUAUUGUGGUAUAGGUUCAAAUUAUUUUGUCUAAGAAAAAUGGGACGUAACAUGUAGCUAGAGUUUUUGUAUCGUUUCGUUGUUGUUGUUGGUGGUGGUGGUGGUGGUUUGUUGUAGUUAUCGGUGUUCUUUUUUUUCUCGUGAACUUUUAAUGCUGGCAUUCGUUCUUAUCAAACCAACACUAUUUUCAGUCUCUUAUCGAUUUCGUUUUCUAUUGUGGUUACUCGAGAUUGAUAUAAACCAACUUAGAUAUGAAGUGACGCACGUGAUCUCUUAACUUUCGCGUUUAACAUUUUUAUCUCCUUAAGACAGCUGGGUCAGCGUUAAAGUUAACCCCUUUAAAGCAAAAGUCAGCUGACACAAAAUGUACUUCCAAAAUUCGUGUCCGUGAGUCAAAUCAUAUGGUUUCAUAGAGUCUGUAUGGGGUGCUUGAAUUCCCAGUUAUCAGACAUCGUUUGAAUUCUCCGCUCAUUUCUGAGUUAUUCGUUUGGAUCCAAGGCUUCGGCUGCCAGAGUCUCUAUGUUGUAACAGUUUUAAGAAAACCAUUUUUCAGUAACUUUUUACCUGAUACUGUUUGCUUUUUUAGUUUUUUUUUUUAAUGAAUCGUGAAGUUUUUCAGUUUUAUUUUGUUUGUAACUUUUUGAUUAAAGGGAUUAGGCUAAGGACAUCUUUCCUCAGGGUGAUGAUCGGACGAAAGUUUAUUUCUCCUUUCUUGCUUUUACUCAUUUUAAAGCCGUGAGUAGCUGGUCGUCCGCCUUGAAACCGGUAGCCAAUGCAGUAACCCGGCGUAGACGCCUAGGUUUUCUUUAACUAGUUUUGUGGCCUCUUUCUGGAAGAAAAGAUACCCUUUGGCUCUCCUUGACUGUCAUGUUUAUUGCCUUUGAGAUUUACAUCACCAUCACGUUUCUGAUCCAAAAUUAUCAUUUAUCUGAGCUUGGAAUCGUAAAUCGUGGCCGGGCAUAGCGAUCGUUAUCUUCAUUUCCGGGUAGUAGUAUUAAAUCGUGCGUUGUUAACAAACUGUUAAAUAAAAUAGAACGAAACGUAUUUUGAAAGAGCUGAGAGUGAAAAGAUAUCUAGAGGACUAGAUAAACAGUGUUUGUAGGCAAACUCAAUAACAUCGACUAUGAAGUUGUGUUUGGGAACUUUCUGUGACCUUAUUUCAUCCGUGAAAUCUAUUUUGCUGGGGAGCAGAUGGUGGAGGAUAGGGUCGGUGGGGGGCUAACCCUUUAAGCCCCAAGAUCCACAUACAAAUUCUCCAGACUGAUCUCCAUACAUUUCUUUUAAGAAUAGUUGAGAGAAUUUGGUUUAAGAUCAAAGAAUUCUCCCCUUGGUAAUCCAAUCCCUUAGGAAUUCUAAUAACCUUUACUCUUGAUGAUCUGCUGAUGUUGUUAGGAGAAAAUUGAUGUUGGUCACUCUUGGGAUCUAAAGGGUUAAAAGAAAACCAUUAAUGGCCCAAAUUGCGCAAGGUACAUUCCAUCUUCAAACCUCUGAGAUUCAAGAUCUCACUUGUCUAUUUUUGGCCAAAGACACUAUUUUGUAUGCAGUCGAUUGUUUUCACAUUAUGUACGUAACCUUUUAUCGAUAUAUGGGGUGGCGUCUCAUCGCUAUGUUUGUUACUAAAAUUACUUCAGUUGCUUUUGCCAUAUGCUAACAUUUCGCCGGCCGGGUCAUUACUAGUAUGACGUAACAAAGUUGCGUUAUAGCGACUGAGAAUGCCAGCAAUUAGUAUUUGCGCAUCAGAGUGAACUAUCCCGCCCACCUCAGACAUGACUACAGUCAUAGUCUCGUAUCAUGGGUUGUUGUUUGAUAAUUUGUAAGCGUUGCGAAGGAAACUAAUUUGCGUCAUCUGUCCGCCGUUCCUCAGGAAAUGCGUUUCGUGGUGAUUUUAAUUAUAAAUCGAGGCGUUGGUGGUUUUGUGAUCGGUUGUGUAAUACAAAGGCAAGUCUCCGGAGGUUAAAUUCUUUGGUUUAGCGAGAUUAACACUGGAAGUCCAUUGACAAAAGAGUCAAAGAAAUGAACCAUUGAUCCUGAACUAACUUAUUUUACAGUGUACAGUCGGAACGGAUCGAUUAAGGUACGGCCUAUUUUAAGCAGUUCAUCUAACUAUUUAACCUCCAAAUUUAUUUCUUAGAAAUUUAACGUUUUCAUUCUUGGGACUGUAGACAAAAACCUUCGUUGUGACCUUGCAAAUGAAUUCUUUUGAGUAAUAUAGUGAUAUGUAUAAAUAUGAUUUUUAGUAUUUGGCAAAAAUAUAUUUAGGAUUUUUUUUUCUAUUUGUAUUUAAGCACACUUGGGCUCCAAAAUGGUAUUUUGUAUGUAUUAUCUGUGUUAGGGUUCAGCUGGUCUUCAGGGUUAUGUUAUUAAAAUCUUAUAAUCUUCUUUCAAUCCAAAAUCUGACUAUCCGGUUUAGGUGUACAGUAUAUUAAUCGAUUGUGCUUUCUCCUUUAUAGUACGACCGUCACUUAGUUCAAACAAGUACAGUUUUUUUGUUUUGAAACCUCAUUUUUAAAACUUCUCAAGGUACAAUCUUAUUUAGCGACAUGUAAGUUUUCUGUUAGGUGCUUCGUCACACGUAUUGAAAACUGUCCUCUGAUUUUAUUUUGUUAAGUAGUAUUUCCUUCUACUCGUGCGAACCAUUUUUUUUAAACUCCGUAUCGAAAAAAUGUUAAUAGUUACUAUAACGAAAACAUCCAAAGAGUAAGGAAUAUGAGUUUUGUGAAAGACCACAAUUAAUUUUAUCUUGCUUAAAUAUUCACAAAUAUAUUGGCGUCCACUUGAUUCUUAAACAAUCGGUAAGUGUUAAUUUGCAGUAGCGAUUAGAUAGCCUUCCAGAAUGAGUCUCAUUCUGCUUGCUUGUGAGGGGCCAAAUACUGAAUGCGUAAAGUUUACGUUUGGAAUAUUUUUAAAAGUGAUUUACGUUGCUCCAUUUUUUAACUAGUUGUAGUUAUGUCGCUCGAGCACUCUACUUGCCGAGUUGUUGAGACUGAACAAUUAUCUUGCAAUACUCUCAAAAGGUGUUUGUACUAUAUUAUCUUAGGCCUUCUUUUUUUUUUAUCUCCGUCCUUUGUGAUGCUUAAAGCAUUUUACACUUCACCUGCCCACGUUUGUUUCGCAACUACGUGCAUAUGAUUAUUUCCUGAAUUUUAGCAGUCAUAAAUGGCGUUUUGUUUCCUUUCGAGCCCAGUGCCAAAGCAAUCAAAGUUUUCAUGCCUGUCGAAAAUUAUGUUUUCCUUAUUUCGAAGAGAAUUUGGGUUAAUUUCAGCUCCGGGUAAAGUAUAGAGAAAAAGUUCGCAAAGCCUUCCAAGGUUUCAAAAAGGUGCUCGAAAUGAUCCUUUUAGUUUCAAAAACCCUGCGGUUUAAGUCCUGUUUACAUUUGGUCAAUCUGUCGGUCUUUUAUAAUUGUUCCUAUAAAAUUACCACGUUAUAUGCAUUCUUUGACCUUUCAAUUCUGAACAACGCCUGUUAAUUGUUAUGCAGGGCAAACGAACCGGCAGGUUUAAAAUUAGUAAACAAAUCAGCACGAGAUCCUUGUGUAUAUCCUUUUGCUGUAGACGCAGCGUGAAAUAGUCGCUUAGAAUUGGAAAAAAAAAAAAACGGAAGUUAGAAAACCCGUAAGAUUGGGAUGAUUAAAUAUUCAUUCUAUAACCUUCCCGAUAUUUUUUGAGAAGAGGGGGCGUCUGUACACAGGCUUAGCAUUCUACAUUUUUCUUUUUUAAACGUUUGAGAAAAAUUGUAAAUGAACGUGGCUUAAUACACGUGAAAGCAGCUAUGCAUAUGGUUUACGGUUUAUCAGGGUGGUAAUUUUAAGGGAGGAGGGGAGAGUUGGAUGUGGUAUUCACUGCUUUGACUGCUGUUCCGGUAACUCUCUCUAAACACUGUCUUUAAGACAAUGCUGUUGGAACUACUACAAGUUUCUGAUGUCCGCCUGAUAGAGAGUCAAAGAAAAUUACUGAAAAACGGAAGGGGGCAACGCUAAGUGUCCGUUUUGCGAAUUAAGAUGUCCUUGAAGAGAGAUUCAAGCGAAAAAAAAAAAAAAAACGACUGAUCAGGUCAACAGUGGUUGCCCUUGUGGAAUUACAUGUCGUCUUUUUUUGUUUUCCUUUUUAUCUUGACAACGGAAAGGACUUUUAUUUGUUUCUAGUCGAGUUAAAGCAACUGUUUUUGCGAGACGGUUUCUGUUCUUUUGAUCUCGAUUGUGUUAAUUCUGAAUAUUUCUUGGGCUGUUUAGUAAAGACGACCUAUGGUGGUUCUUUCGGUGUAAAAAGUAUGUAGUGAAACCAAAAGUGAGUUAGACACUAGUCAUUAACAAAAGUAGCACAUGGUGGAUUCGUGCAUCUCGAUUGCACUGAUUGUGUUGAUGCUUCGAUUAAAAACUGCCGCUUUCAUCAAAGUCUGUUCGCUGGUUAGGACUCUACUUGAGGUGAUAUCACUAAACCUCUUUGAGACAAAUACAUAAAUACACCUGUCGUUGAGGUAUAGUAGUGGGUUAAUUCUAAAUAUAAGUGAACCAUUAUAUCAGGGUUUUCUUUGAUUCCAAAGUGUUUUCAAGGUUUUAAAGCUAUAACAAAAAAUCGUGACAAAGCUCCUUUUGGUAACAAAUAGUUUGCCUCUUUUUCGGCUUGGCACUGUGAAAGGCCUAGAAAAGGUAUCUCGACAGCUCUUAUGAGAGUCAUUUUAAUUAAAGACACUCUUAAUUGGACCAAUCCAGGGGAUAGGGGGUAGUAACCCCACACCCACCCUCUCGCUUGUAGUUUGUCCGGUUGUUCUGCCUUCUGUCUUACCACAGACAGCCUACCAGACACACAGUGACCGAUGAGUUAUCUUAGUAUAGACAAAGGCAAAUAAUUUUGUAAAAAGCUGUUUUGAAAAUGAUGCAAAUAAACGCCAUUGAAUGAUACUGGUUAUGUUUAAGUGAACUGAUCAAAAGAAACAAACAAACAAGAAAUAUAAGUAAAGAAACAAUAAUUGUAAUAACAAAUAACAAGUUAGUAAACAGUGAUUUCAUCAUUUCCAUCCUCACUCAGCAUGUUUCUGUCAUGAAACAUUCCGUGCUCUAAUCACACCUCAUUUAUGACCUAUCACUUUACUGGUGACGCCUCGAAUGACUCCAGACAAUUCAACUCUCCGGGUCUCAGUCGACGCAAGCGGGUACGCUGCAUGAAAAAGCAAAGAAUCUGGUAUUCCAGUGAAAGAUUUGGUCAAGUAAGUUUAGUAGUUUCCUAUGAGAAAAGCUCGAGACUGAAGGAUUAUUAUGAAAGAUUGGUAAGCCAAGUGUGUCCUCUGCAUUAGCACGGCCACGCUUGACCAUCUGCUGUUUCUCAUUGCUCAGACCCUUUUUUGUAUCUCUUUUAUGGUACUAAACUUGAAAAACAAAAUGAAGUUUUAGAAAGUCUGCCUUGCAUUUGCAACUGAAGUAGGUUUUGGUUCAGGAGGCCUUUUAACUCCUCGUUUUGAUCCCGGAAUUUUUGUGUGAUCACUGCCUGGACUAUUUGCCAGUAAUCUGUGUACUCGACUUGUGUUGUAAAUUACUCGUUCCAACCAUGUUACCUAUUGUCUCCUUUGUACAUUCUCAUACUACUGAAAGGUGCUUUCCUGGAGCCUAUUUCUCAGAAGUUGUCUUCAGCCUUUUUAUUCCAAUACUACCCAGAAGGCCUUUAUAUUGUGGUACCAUUUUUGGUCGUUUUCGAUGCAGACUGACACAUAAUAGACGCUGUUAUUCAAUUGUUUGUUUGUUUGUUAGUUGGUUGUUUCGUUUGUUCGUUCCUUCGGUUUUUGUUGUUAUUGUUUUUUUUCCUCGAUGGUUAUCAAACAUGAGGUUUAAAUAGAGGUGGGUGUCCAGGGCAACUUGUAAAGUAAAGUGCAGUUCAUUCAUUGUUUCAAGUGCCAUUCUAAAAAGUACUUCUUGUGGUGUAUGUUGUCAGCAAGCUGCGAUCAAGUGGUUUUAAUGAGCAGUUAUUCCAUUUACUUUUUCAACGGUUAAUAGGAUAAGGAUUUUCCUAAAUUCUCUCGCUUUUUUCGACGUUUUCAUGUCGGAGGAGGAGGAGGAACGAUUGAUUCUGGCUAUUGAUAUGAUCGCUAAAGUCGAAGCUGUACAUAACAAAUCUCCGGCCCCCUUGGAGGCCUUUGUUUAAUUCUUUUUAUUGUUCAACUUUAAUUCUUUUUUAUCAUUUUCCAUUAAAAAUAAUAAUAAUGAUAAAUACGGAGAUAAUAAAAAACAAUUAAAUUUGAUUCAAAAAAGAUAGAAAGAAAAGAAGAAGAGAAAAGGAAAAAAGUGUAUAUAAUAAUCUUAAUAACUUGAUUCCCUGCAAAUCGUCCGUUGGAGUGAAUAGGGUUAUCAGCACUUGGGAACAAAUAUCGAUGACAGUGUCGUCAGACUGUUCUAGAAACUUACGCAUCCACUACAGUCUGUUUAAAAAAUAAAAAUCACGUGUGCGUGUCACACAUUUCAGUAUCCUUUCCAUCUAAUUCUCUGAUACGGGUAUUUUGAAGAAUCGAACGUCAAGUAUUGUUUUAUUUCAUUCGUUUUUCACUCAGAACUUACACCUUUGCGGUAAAAUAGUUUGGUAUAUUUUGCGUUUGACUUAGUUCCUUGGCGCCUGAAAUAUUUGGAAUCUUAAAUGUCAUUCAGUGUACUAAAUCAGUUACUUAGAAGUCUUUUAACAAGACCCCCACAAAGUUAACAUAGUUAUUGUUGAAAGAGUUUUCGUCACCCCUGCUGAUAUCAUUUGCCCUAGCCACUUAAGCCAUCAAGUGUAGAGGUUUUUCUGUUUACCGCAAAAUUGGGAACAUGCCAAGUUGCAGGAUUUUUGGUGAUUAUUCGUAGGCGUUUGGAAAUGCACGUUGCUUUUUUCGCUUCCUUUGCCUCGUGCUAUUUUCGAAGUUUGCCCGUGUGCUUUCCUUUACUUCCCUUAUUUUUUCUUGCCUUUUUUUUUGCUUUUUUAAAUCAAUAAAGUGUAUAAUAUAGGUAUCAUUGCAGAGACGCCAUUUUUGUAGAGGAAGGAGUUAUUUGGUAUCUUUUGCAGCAAAGAGAACUGUGCAUCAUAGAGAAGUGUCGUCGUUGUAGAAGAGUUCGUAAGGAGAAGUUCAAUUGUAGUUCUUUUGUCUUUCCCAUAGUUAAUUUCAAAUUCUCAGGUACAGAACUUUGAAAAAGUGACGAGACGAGUUUCGCCGAAUCUUCGUCCUUUGUUAUGACUAAAGGUAGCUGUGUGUUCCGAAAGAAUUUUGCUUUGAAGCCCGAGAAUGUAAGUCGAAUGAGAGAAAAGUAACCAUUGUGGAUCAAACACGUUUAGAACUAGGAAAGGAUUGUCUCGUCAGUUAACCAGGUCAUUCGAGACUGAGAUUUUUUCCCUGGACGGCGUGAAAUGGAAUGUGGUGUGGUUAACCCUUCAAGCCGCAACAUCAACAUGCAUCUUCUCCACACUGUUCGAGCAUACAAUCCUUAUGAUACUGCUUGAGAGAAUAUGUUCUAAUAUCACAACAUUUCAUCUUUGGUGAUACAUUUUUUCAUUCUCAUGACCUGUAUGUUUGAUCAGGCAGUGUUAUUGUUUGGAGAAAUUGGGUGUGGGUCACUAUUGGGGCUAAAACGGUUAAGGGAGAGCCUUUUUGAUAGCUUGAUUGUCGUAUCCUUUUCUUCUUCCAAGUGGCGAAGUGUCCACGGGUUAACAUUGUCGCUUCACGCCGUUUUCUCCUCACUGCACCAUGGUGUCCAAUUUUAGAACCUAGGGUACUGCGACUAAAGCGCCCCACACGCACGGAAAAUAGUAAAGAGUAAUGUGUGCGAGAGUCUUCUCAAAAGCGAAGCUCAUGUCCCCUGUUAUCGAAAUUUAGCUCUGUAGUGCUCUCGCAUCCAUAGUAUUUACACUGAUAUAGGUUCCGCGACAAAGUGUUUACUCUACACCUUUACUGUCGGUUUUCCCUGAAAGGAGCUUUACAUCCUUACAUUACUACCUCGCUUCCUGUGAAUGAUCGAAAAACGUCGCCAAGAACCAGUUGGGAAAAUGCCUUGUGCGUGGUCAACGGCAACCAUGUCAGCAUCCACAAUUUUCUGACAUAAAUAUUUAACCUCACUGAACGUUAGCAUUGUGUGAGCCUUCGCUUACCUUAGUCAGUCGAGACAGGAAAUGAAAGUAAUUAUUAUAGGCAAAUACUUUUCUCACCUCGUUAGUCAUUUUGUCUGAGAAACAGCUGUUUUGCGGCGUAAAUAAAACGUGCUCUAUUACAAUUCUUACGGAACUAACAUCGUGAACCCAUUAGCAGCUGGGCGUAUAUAGGUACUAACUCAACAGAUUCACCUACUGAGUUGCACAUAAAGUACUGGGGGCACUGAAUUCCAGUCAACUAAAAGGUGUAAUAAUAAUAAUAAUAAGUAAUGGUAACAGGACUGAGUGGAGUCCAAUUCGGUAUGUAAUCAUACGAGUGAUUAACAAAAUUGGACGACCGCUUAGCGGGAGUCCGAUUUGUUUAAUCACGAGUAUGAUUACAGACUGAAUUGGACGACACGAAGUUCUGUUACCAAUUAAUCAUAACUGUAACAAAAUUUGUGAUAUGUAAGCCCUUUUUUUAAAUCAAAACAGAAGAAAUUCCAAUUUUUUUUUAUGCUAGUAAUGAAAAAAAGCCAUUUAAGCGCGCGCUUGAUGGCGCGUACUGUCCAAUUACUUAGGCAUGACGCGUACUGUCCUAUUAAAUUGUCCAAUUAAGGCUGAAAUCAGGGCAGUUGAUAGCCAAUCAGAUUUGAGAAUUUUGUUAUAGUUAUGAUUAUAAUAAUAAUCAUAAUAAUAAUAAUCAUAAUAAUAAUAAUAAUAAUAAUAAUAAUAAUAAUAAUAAUGCUUAGUAAAAUCGUAUAAAAACUACAUACAAAACUUCAGUGAUAUAUUCAUAAAAAAACAACGUCCAUAUCAAUACAAAUCUCCGGCAAAGCCCCUUCACAAUUCAAAGUUCCGAGAAAUCACAAAGAGUUAUAAAAAAUCAAGCAUAAACGUCAAUGCGCUGAUUUGAAUAAUACAGAUAAGGUUCUGAACCAUGAGGCGAGAUAUAGAUCUAUUGCUGGCAAUUUUCCGCACCAGUUUCCCGAUAAAAAGACCUAACUAUAAUAAUACAAUAAUAAUAAAAGGCUUUCAGAACCAGAAAUUGAACUUCAGUGCAGUCUCGUAUGAAUUGUCUUGUUGUUUAAAGGUUUGGUAGUUUUGCCAGCUGACUGUCUGGUUUGCUUCAUUUCUGGUUUUCUUUUCCUUAUAUACUUUGUUAUAUUGCAGGUGA